AUGGAGAACCAGAACAUAACUAUGUUGAGAGCUGUUGAUGCUUUUCAAGAACAGUUUUCGGUCAAGGUUAGGGUGAUCAGGGUUUGGGAACACCCUGAGAGGAGAAAUCCCAGUCAACUUUACUCAAUGGACAUGAUUCUAAUUGAUGAAGAGGGUACAAAGAUGGAGGCUAACUGCUUGAAUUGUGUGUUACCACAGUUUCUUCUAGCAUUAGUGGAAAAGCGAUGUUUGAUUGUUAGGAAUCCAACAAUAGGUUUUAAUAACUCUAGAUGCAAGUAUGUUGACAAUCAAAACAGGCUAUGUUUCCAGAGUACAACCCAAGCUAUUGAAUGUGAAAAUUUUGGUGGAUCUCCAUACGGCUUUGAUUUCGUGAGCUUUGCAGACAUCUUGAACAAUACUGUUAUUUCAAAUGUUACAGUCGAUGUUAUUAGUUAUUUGACUCGAUCAUUUCCAAAAGAGACUGUAACUAACAAAGCAAGUGGGAAGCAACCUGUGAAAGUUACUAUAGAGAUUUCUGAUCUGGAGCGUCGGACAGUAUUUCUUACCCUGUGGGAUCAAUACUGUGAUCAAGUUUUGUCGUUCUUUGAAAGUAUCAAAGGAAAAAAUGUUCAUGCCAUCAUUAUAUUGCAGUUUGGAAAGGUCAAGUGGUGGAAUGGUGUCGCGUAUGUUAACAAUUCAUACACGGUUAGUCGGCUUUUUUGCAAUCAUGAUUGUCCUAAAGUUGAUGAGUUCAGAAACAGUCUGAUUGCAAACUCUGUUGAGGUUAGUGAAUCCACGAGCCUUGGUUCCAUGGCAAAAUCUGUUGAAGAGGAAUUCUUGGAGGGAAAAGAUUUUUUCAACAUUUCUGAUGUUUUUUCGAUUACGACGGUCAUUGUUGUGGGGAAUAUAAUGGGUAUUUAUAAAGAUGAAGGAUGGUUCUAUGAGGGUUGCAAUAGAUGUAACAAGAAGAUCAACAAAGUUGUUCAUCUGAAUGAUGACACACAGGAAUCAGGUUCAGGUGUAACAAAGGAGGUUCUUACCUGUCUCUCUGAUCGUUGUGCUUUUAAAACUAUAACUUUUUCUCUCAAGUAUAAGAUUCAACUUAGGGUUCAAGACCCUUCUGCCUCUGUUACACUUACUUUGUUUGAUCGCGAAGCACGGAAGUUGGUAGGAAAGUCUAUUGAAGAUAUUCUUAUUGCAAACCCUGAAUUUCGUUCUGAUGCUUUGAAGAUUCCUGCUAAAGUAGAUGCGUUGGUUGGCCAGAAUGUUGCUUUUAAAAUAGACGUUACCAGUUAUGUCUUGAAGUAUAACAUCCAUAAGUAUGGUAUCACCAAGCUGACAGUGGAUCCUAACGUUAUAUCUCAACUUCAAGAGAAACAACUUCUUGAACAGUACUGCUAG